AUGUUUUAACCAAAAUCAAUGAAAUUCACACCUCACAAUUCGAUUGCAGGAAAUGAAAAUGUUAACUCUUUAAACAAAUCCAAACCUAUUAAGAAUAUGUGUUGUAUGAAUCACCCUUAAAAAACUGCUAAAUAUUGUAUGGCAAAGGAUCUUUCAGUGUCAUUGUGUUCCAAAUGUGCUAUUAAUAUGGCAGGCAAAGGUUUUGUCGUUGAAGAAAUAAAUGGAUUUGAAGAACGACAAAGGAGGGAUGUAAUCGAUAGGUUUCUGAAUCUGGUUAAUAGAAACCUUUCUUAAUAUGAUAAAGCAUUGUCAGGGUUAUUAACUAAAAAGUAGGACAUUACAAAAUACUUCGAAUAAUAGGUAGACAAAGUAAUCAGAUUUCAUUAAUUGGUUACCUAGUAACUGUCUGAAGAGAAAGACAAAUUAAUUCAACAAUUAACUUAAAAUUUUAAAUAGACCUCUUUAACGUAUGAAGAAACUAUAAAGACACUCCAAAAUUCAAAGUAGGAAAGCAUUGGAAUGAAAAAUGAUGUGCAAUAGAAUUUAGAUCGUAUUGUCAAACAAAUUGCGUAAGAGCCAUUUAAUGAAAUAAUGAAUUGUUACCAUAAGACAGUAGAGAAGUAUGUCUCAGACAUUGAAGAUCUACAAAGAAAACCUAUUGAAGUCAUCAAAAUAACCUUGAAUGAACCAUAUAAAAUAAAUGAAUUCGUCACUGUAGGUUUACAAAAAACAUCUUUAAUAAAGAAAAAUUUAUCUGAGAUUGGAUUAAGAACCAUAACUAAUGAGGAUGUGUAUGAAAGCAUUGCAAAGAGAGACUCUGUUAAUUAUUAAAAAACCUCAAAAACGUUAUCAUCAUUGCCUCGAACCCCCAAAACUGAAAGUUCUCCUUUUAAAUCAGUUCCUGUCACUAACAUCGAUCUAUAUCAUACACCUGAGUAACAACAGCUAAAGACAUUUAAGUCUUAAACAAGUCUCUAAUAAGCAAAGAUGCAAUUGGCUUAGGUUCAAGAGAAUAUUGAAUAAAAUUAUGAGGAAGGCCAUUCUUAGAUGAUCGAAAGAGAUGAUGUUGAAAAUUCCUAUUAAAUGAUGAUUGCAGAGUCAGUUUCCGAUAGCGAAGACUUUAUUGAUCAACUGAAUUUAAUACAAUCACUUACUGUUGGCUAAAAUGGACACUUAAAUUCACUUAAAAUGUACAGUUCACCUCAAUUCAAGAAUCGAUGA